AUGUUUCGUGACCUUCCAUCUGGCAGGAAAACCCGCACAAGCUUGACUGAAGUCGUAUCGCCGCGCAUCGAUAAUGUCCUAUCCGCGUCACCCCUAUUCGAGCAAGCCUUCACCUCCACCUUUGAUAGUAAGGACCCAGAACAAUUAUCUCGCACUCUGUCACAAUACGUGCGUCUGAUGAGCUGGGUUGAGCAGACACCGCAGCUGAAUGACACACAAUUGGCUUUUCUGCCGGAGUUCGGCAGCUCCGCGGCCUUAGAAAUCGUCCACGCGGCAGCCAAGCUCUCCCGAGGAAACGACAAUAGCAACAAACCGGACCUGGACGACCUGGUAGGUGAACUGAAGGACAUCGGCUCAAAGCUGCUUGCCGCAUCCGCGACGUCGCCAUGGCGCGGCUUCCCCGCCACGCGCCGCAUCCUGCUGGGUGCCAUCCUCCAGAAGCGUCUCGACUUUGGUGGGCGAUUCCCUCCAGACGUCGAAGCCGCUGUUGACGCGCUGCUGGUACAACUCUUCCAGCUGCAUAAGGCCUCCGCCGCGGCACGUGGGGCGGUACAAUUCUUCCACAUCUCCAAAUCGGGUGGCACCAACCUUUGCCAGGCCGCCGGCGCCAACGGCUGCGCGUCCCAGGGCUUCGACACGCGCACCAACUGUCUCAUUCGCGACUUUGCCGACCAGCCACGCUGGGUGUCGUACAACGCCCACAAGUUUCUGCAGUACCGGAUGUCCUCGCGACAGGGCCUGCCCUGGUUUGUUAACUUUCACAGCUUCCGACCGCCGUACACCUGCGAGCAGCGCCGCGCCUACCUCCUCCGGGACGGCCUUACCUUCUAUGCCAACGAGUACACCAACCCGCCCUUUGCCGCUGUCGAGACCACAACUGCCGCAACCACCACGACCUCCGAAACCGCCACCUCAUCCAACACUUCUACUGCUACUGCUACAACAGCAGCAGCAACGACGGCCCCCAGCGGCAGCGUGAUCGCGACUGCCGCUUCCGCUGUCAUGGCCUCGGCAGCUGUGCCAUCCAGCCGUAUGUGCGAGAAAGAGUUUGUGAACCUGCUAAUGAUGCGUCAUCCCCACGACCGGCUCCGCUCCCAAAUCGGCUGGGUCCAAAAGCUCUACAAAGAGUACUAUCUCGAUGUAGACACACAGCCCGCCUUCCUCAACCGCACUUGCGGCUUUUGGGAGCGACUCAUGCCGGCAGCCGUCAACAACUAUUACAUCCGCAGCCUGCUGGGCUCGCGUUUCUUUGAAUUUCCAGUUUUGGAAAUUAUGCCGCAACACGUCGCGCUGGCAAAGCUGGCGGUGCUGCAGCACGAUAUCCUCCUAGUGUUGGAGGAUAAAGCCCGUAACGAAAUGGCGCUGCGGCUUGGGCUCGGCUGGGCGACAGCAGGCCUGCGUGACGAUGCGGUGCGCAGCUCGUCUGAGCUAGGCGAUGAGGUGGCCUUGCCGCUUGAUUACUCGGCGCUGCAGGCGCGAAAUAUGCCAGAUGUGGAGCUGUACGGCUUUGCUCGGGAGAUGCAGGCGCUUGAUGCACUAUUGUGGAAUUUCGUUGCUGCAGCGGACGCGCGAUUAGACGACAUGCUUGUCGGCAGCAAUGGCAGUGACGCGGGUGAGGGUGGUGAGGCAGCAGUGCGGUGUGGCUAUGUGUCCAUGGGUUCGACUGAGGCGGUGGCAGCGCUGCAGGACCAGCUGAGCGGGGUGGAGGUCCCGCCGAAAAUGACGAUGGCGGCUGGAGCGGCUGCUGCCGCCGCGCUUGCAGCGCCGCCGACGGGUUCCGCUGCUACGGAUGCCGCUGCUUCUUCUACGGCUUCUUCCCUUGGUCGUAACAGCGGUGUCAGCAGCGCGCACUUCAACAGCUCCGCUCUCUUGCCUCUGGGGCCUGAGCGCCGCAUGCGGGGCGGCGCUGGUGGGAGAGGCCCUUCAGUUGUGUCUAUUAACCGUCGCAACGGCCGCCGGUUAUUGCGGCUGAAAACGCUGCAGGGAUGGGUGCGACAUCGCAAGCAGGAGCGGCAGCCCACGUCGCAGUAG